CUGUGAAGACAGAUGUCAGGCUCUAACGUCAGUGAGUAUGGUCUCCCAGCCACAGUCUUCCUGACAGGGAUCCCAGGCCUGGAGUUUGCCCACUUCUGGAUUGCCUUCCCAUUCUGUGUCAUGUAUCUUGUAGCCCUCAUGGGCAAUGCUGCCCUCAUUCUGGUCAUUGGGACUGACAGCACUCUUCAUGCUCCUAUGUAUCUCUUCCUUUGCCUGCUCUCACUCACUGACUUGGCUCUCAGCUCUACCACUGUGCCCAAAAUGUUAGCCAUUCUGUGGUUCCAUGCUAGCGAGAUUUCCUUUGGCGGAUGUCUGGCCCAGAUGUUCUGUGUGCACGCAAUCUAUGCUCUAGAGUCCUCGGUUCUUCUCGCCAUGGCCUUCGAUCGGUAUGUGGCUAUCUGCAACCCACUGAGAUACACAACCAUCCUCAACCAUACUGUCAUCGGCCAAAUUGUCUCUGUGGGGCUAUUCCGUAGUAUAGCUAUUGUCUCCCCCUUCAUCUUUUUACUGAGGCGGCUGCCCUACUGUGGCCACCGUGUCAUGGCUCACACAUACUGUGAGCAUAUGGGCAUUGCCCGGCUGGCCUGUGCCAACAUCACUGUCAAUAUUAUCUAUGGGCUGACUGUGGCUCUGCUGGUUGUGGGUAUGGACUCCAUCCUCAUUGCCAUUUCCUAUAGAUUUAUCCUCCGUGCUGUCUUCCGCCUGCCAUCUCAAGAUGCCAGGCUCAAAGCUCUAAGUACUUGUGGCUCUCACCUGGGUGUCAUCCUUGUCUUCUAUUUCCCCGCCUUCUUCUCCUUCCUCACCCACCGCUUUGGCCACAACCGAGUUCCCAAGCACGUGCACAUCUUCCUGGCUAACCUCUAUGUGCUGGUACCUCCUGUACUCAACCCUGUCAUCUAUGGGGCCAGGACCAAAGAGAUUCGGAGUCGACUUCUGAGACUACUUCACUUUGGGAAGGCUUCAGUGUAA